CUCUGUAACCCUUUUAGUUACGAUUGUAAAUCUUUAUCCUUUAAACUCUAAAUUAAUUCAUCAACUUGAUCAGUCUCGGCUUAAAAGAUUCAACAAUAAAAAAAUAGGUAUAAAUGUGACUUAAAUUGAACGCCAACGAAUUUUAAUCAAGUCAAAUUUUAGGUUUACUAAUAAUACAAAAGGUACAUUUUCAUCAAGCUUGUUACCUUGGCUAUUGUUUAAGCCUAAACCUAAAAAUCUUGCAAUUUUGUGAAAAAUUGAAUUUCAACUUAAUCGUUCAACUUGAAACCGUUUAGCUUAACAAUGAUAAUGAUGCCUGUAAACAUUGAAGCUUAUGAAGAAACGCUGGAAAAGCAAGAAAAGGCUGGAAUACAGUUUUACUGGUAAUCAACCCAAUCAUCAUUAAAAAUGGUUUAAUGGUUUGUAUUGUUUAUUAAUAAACCUCCAAUCAGCAAGGUCAGAUAAACAUGAAUCUGUCAAUGAUUUUUUUUGGAAACUGUUCAUCACUUAUCAUCUCCUUUAUAAGACCUUAUGCAAGUUUGUGAUUCAAUCUCAACAUCAUCUAAAUUUUUCAUAAUAAACAACAAUUUUGGCAGCUCAUUCAUUUAACAUGGAUAAUUUCAAAUGCACUCAUCUCUUUCCUCACAACUGCAAAUUCAUCAGCAUCAUCUUGUUCAUCUUUAUCUUCAUUUCUGUACUACACUUACAAAUAUUUGAAAUACUAGUCUCUUAACCAUUGCUUGGUUGCUCAUCAUCAUUUGUUCAUCUAGCAAUUUUUCCUAGUGAAGCUCAUUCACACUCAAACUCACACUCAUCGUCAUCAUCAAGUUUCCGUACCUCAACAUGAGUAUCAAUAACAGCACUUAAAGAACGGUUAUGAUCAGAAAUACUUUACAGCUUGCUCUCAAUUUUUCAAAUGUCCCAUUUGUGUUCAACAACCGUUUUUGGUUGAUAAAGCAAAUUCAUGAAAUAUUUCUAGCUACAAUAUAACAAGACUAUUAUCAGUCAAUGGUUUAUUCAGACUGAGUAAAUAUGCAUAAAAAUAGGAAUUUAGAAAAUUAGACAAAAAUUGAUUUUAAAAAUUACGGCAAAUGAUUUGAUUUUCCCUCCAUUAACAUGGACGCACUUUUUUCCCAUUGUUGUUGUUGGUUAUGCUCUUUGUUUUGGGUUACGGUUAAAACCAAAAUACUAAAUUAAUUAUUAAGUGAAUCUUGGGUUAUUAGCUGAUCUCUUUUUUCGAUCUUGGUUUCUUUUGGCUUUUCCACUUCUCACAACAAGCUAAAAUAACAGUCAACGACAUGAAAUGAAACAAUUUACAGGAUCAAAUGGAAUGUGUUUUCUAGGAAUUUAGUUGAUUGAACAAUGGCCAAACCUGAUUAUGCCAAAUGGGUUUAAUACAUAAAAAGCAAAUUUUUCCAAUCCAAGCUGUUGUUUUGACGAUUGUUUCUUGGUUAUGAUGGUUCUCUUUUUUUUCAAGCUGAUUCCUGUAUGAUUAUCAUGGUUUACUGUUUUCUUUUUACCAGGAAACAAGAAUUUUUAGCAUUUCUUUGGAGCUUGCAAAUUGCUUGUUGAUAUAACGGUUACAAGUAUUUAAGAUUGAUUAGGAGAAAGAGGAUAAUCUAUUUAUAUUCAUGGUGAUGAUCAACAACAACAUUUGCUAUUCAACUAUCAAAGUCAAAUUUUAUUCCCAUCUUCAACUACUCACAAGUAAUACAUGGAGCUAACUCAGUUUCAAUCUUUCCACCUAAUCAAUAUCAAAAGAGUUGUACAUCGAAAGAGUAAUUAGUCAAGAUUGAUAAUUGAUUUGUUGCCUCCAUAACUGAGAUGAUCAAGUAGUGGCAAAAACAUAAUAUGAAAUCAUAAUUAAGAUAAUGAUUAUAAUAUUUUAUUUCAGACGAAAUGAGAAAUUGAACUUAUCAAGAAUAACUUUGAAAUUCCCUCCAGAUAUGGUAUCUAGGAAACCAUUCAAGCUCCAAAUUUAUGAAUCUGAAAACAAAAACACAUGUGAUAAUUUUUUUCCCUAGUUUGAGAUUGUUUUUGUUGGGAUUACAUAUUAUUGUUCAUAUUCAAAGGAAAAAGGUUGCCAUAAUGCAUGAAGCAACAAAUAUUGAAAAUAAAUACCAAUUAGCUGCCUCAAUAUUGAAAAAAAUUGACAGCAAAAAGCUAUCAUUGAAAAAAUGUAUGUCCGAUUUACCUUCUUCAGUUUCGACUUGGGAAAAGAAAGCAAUUUAUGCUUUAACGAUUAAAGCAAUUCAAAAUAAAGAAUCUAUCGAUAAGAUGAAAAAAUUCUGUCUGGAGGCUACUAAGGAACCGAUGGAUCAGUAUUUGUUGCAAGUGUUAAUUGGUAAAUUAAUUUUUGAAAGGAAAGUUGCGCUAUACUCUUUACCUAGAGAUAUCCCCGAAACUAACGUUAUUGUAAAUAAUCGACGAAAAUUAGCAUCGAUGAAAGCGCCUAAACGAGAUGCUCAAACCCACAUUUAUCUUAGGAUCAAUCGUUUGAAGUGUAAAAUGUCCGAAAUAAUUCCAAUUCUGUUAGCAAAUGGAUUUACGCAAGAUGAAACUAAAGAUGAAUCGUUUGAAAGUUUUGUGACAAAUUGUCACGCUUUAAAGAUGAGAUGUUUCAAAAAAGACUUCCACUUCAAGAAAGAACUUCUUGUUUUUCGACCUAAAGCCACCAAAUACAUCACUUGUUUGGAUAUUUAUCUGGAAGGAAAAGUAAUUAUUCAAGACAAGGCUAGUUUAUUAGCUGUUAAAGCCAUGAAACUUAAGAAGAGGGCUAACGUUUUAGAUGUUUGUUGUGCUCCUGGUACCAAAACAGCAGCAAUGGCCGCUUGUAUGAAAAAUAAAGGAACUAUUACCUCAAUUGAUAGAGAUGAGAAUCGAUUGAAAGAUAUGCAAAAGUUGAUGGAUAAACUGGGUGUUUCAUGUUGUUCCAUAACUCACGGAGAUUUUAUAGAUUUAGCACCAAAUCUACAGAAUCCUGAGAUAGAUGUUUUACUUUUAGAUCCAUCCUGUUCUGGUUCUGGUCGACCUGAUAUGUCCGCAAAUAAGAUAGAUGUACAUAGGAUCGGUAAACUUGCGGGAUUUCAAACGUUAAUGUUGAAAACAGCUUUCACUAUUGGAGCUAAAAAGAUAAUCUAUUCAACAUGUUCUACUGAAACGUUUGAAAAUGAAGUGGUGGUGAAGACAGCAAUGGACGAAUCUCCGGAAGCAGCUAAUUAUACAAUAGUUGAUCCAUUACCAGAUUGGCCAAUGAGAAGUGAUUCAAAUUAUCCAUUUGCUUCAAAAGUAAUUAGAUCAAAUGAAACCCUUCUAACAAGAGGAUUCUUCUUCUGUCUUUUAGUACGAAAUGAUCAACUGACUCCACCAGAAUGAUUAAAUUGACAACUAAUUAUAUUUAUAAUUCAUAUAAAUAAAUAUUUAGUGAUAA